AUGGCUUCUAACGUAAAAGAGAAAACCUGCCUUCUCAAUCUCCCUCUGGAGCUGAGGCUGCAAAUCUUUCACGCCUACUUCAAAGUUGAAGGCGGAUACGUUUAUGAUACGGAAUCCGAUUCACUCAAGACUGUCGACAACCGCCCGAUUGAGCUGUCGCUCAUGUCGACUUGUCGAUCCAUCGCAAAUGAAACUAGGCACCUUCCGCUAUCUAUUAACAAUAUCAGAUUCUCUACUCUCUAUCGCGAGGAGUGGCGAAGCUUGGCCGGCUGCUUUAACAUGGUCAAAUCUUACUCCCGUAUUUUGCUGUCGGACUUUGUUUUGCAUAUCGCUCAUCUUAUGACAGCGGACAUGCUGGCGCAGCUUGCUUUACAAUAUCCAAAGUUCGAAUCACGGCUUAGGCUUAAUAUGGUACAACAUCAGGACUAUAUCGCAGAAGUUGAUGAGUUCAAGGAUUUGUACAGAUCGGGUGAACGUGUGUCCUCUGCGGAACCUGGGGGCGAAAACCAUGCAUACAACAUGAGGUUGACCUUGUGUCCCUCGAUUGACAACAUCUUGGGGAUGUAUGUCCAUGAAGGUACCCUAGAGUCAAGAGAGUAUUCCUCUGCCUUUGCAGCUCUUGAUACCGAAUGCACUUAUCAUUUGCGAGAACUUUGGACUGGAACCUCCUGGGAGAUUGACAGUGGUCUUUCUUAUUGUCUGCAAAUUUUGGCCGACCAUAAGCCUAUCGAGUUUGGCAAUCAUAUGGUCAAAUCAUUUCCAUGCUGGACCGGAGAGCGACCUAUCAAAGAAUUUAUAGGACUUGGUUUCAAGCCUUGGGAGAUUCCCUCAGAGUCGAGUAUUUUGGAUGCGAUGAGGCUCUUGCAAUUGAGUGAUGUUUGGAAGCUUCCAAACAUGUGGCAUUAUACCCCCAAUUGGCAUUACGGAGACGAUCUGGCUAUUAAUCGUCUAAGAAAUACCGACCCUUAUGCAGACCGGCGAGACGAACUUCAUAACUCUUAUGGUGUACGUUGCAGGGAAAAGAUCCGGUUCUCGGCUGUCGCCAACUCGAUUCGCUUCCUUCAACGCCGGAUUAGUGCCGACCAGCGUACUCACAUUCGGAGCCUCGUUUUGUAUGAGGAUUUGCCAUCAGUCAGUACCCCAUCGUGCCACAUGCUGGGUCUGGCACCCUUCUUCAAAGAGAAUUCGUUGCUUCGAGUUGAGCGCCAUGUUGACUGGUUGAAAUGUACCGGUGCAGACAUCGAUAACCCGUGGGAUGUUGCAGCCCAUUUCCAGCUUGGGUGGGAUACAAAAGGGAAGCUAUGGAAAGGCGAGAUAACCCUGCGUUUGGCCCAUUGGUUGGUCGAUGCGCUUGCUAUAACGGAUGCGGAUAUUCCUGCCGAGGCUUUCACCUUUAUACUUGAAUCUGGACCUCAUGUCGACUACUGCACGGAUAUAUUCCAGCGAUUUGUCCUCCGAGACGUUGUAUGGUGCGAAGCAUUCAAGGCAUUAACACUUAGCGAGAAUUUCGACCUAGACUCUUCCGAGUGGGAGCAGGUACGCCCGAUUUUGCUCCAAGAUGAGGAGGUGGAAGCACUGGGUCACUUGAUGUACAGGACGUCGCCGAUCUUGCGUUGUGACUUUAACACCGGGGUAGCUUGGGACUUUGAAGAGGUGGUGAAGGACACCGAGGGGCUCGACAGUCGUGGUUGGUUACGAGUGUGGCGUGAAAGAUUUGCUGAAGGGGAUUUGCCUGGGCGAAUACUACUCCCUUCCGACCUUACGUACGAAUCACAGGUGGCAAACUACUAUGACAUCCAGACCGAGGAUGACUAUCUUCGGCCCAGAAGGAUUGACGGAGAAGAAACUCUCUUAGCAGAUGGCUGA